AUGCAAUAUAAGAAAACCUCUAAAUUUGCUUUUGCUUUCCUCGUCAUUCUCAGUUUGGUUAUCGUUGGUUUGGUUGAUGCUACUCCUGUUCCAGCAGAAACAAACGAAAGUGAUCUCAUUUCAUUUCCGGCCGAGAAUAUGAAAAGAGGCAAUACAUGCCAUGAAUGUGAUGUGAAUGAUAAACCUUGUUGUGGUAGCCUCUUCGUCGCCAUCUUAUUUGAGGCUGGCGCCUUUGUCUAUAUUAAUUUAUUAAAAGUUCUCGUCAUUAUUGUAGUUAAACUUACUACAGUAGUUAAAUUAGACGCUGUUACUUGUCUCCUUGAUGGAGUAGCAAUUAAAAUAUUGGAGUGUGUACUCGUGAAUAUGAAAUUGUGUAUAUUAGCUGACGUAACAUUAAUUGGGUAUCUUAAUGCCUUGGCAGGUAUUAUUACUGUUAACGCGGGUGAUUCGAAAUUUUUAUUACCUUCACAAGAUAUUAGUGUAUAA